AUGCAGCAGGCACUUGAAUUAGCACGGAAGGCGGUAGAAAUAGGUGAAGUUCCUGUCGGUGCUAUACUUGUUAAGGAUGAUACCUGCAUAGCAGCUACCCAUAAUCUGAGGGAACAAUCUGGAAACCCAAUCGCACAUGCCGAAGUACUUGCAAUACAAGAAGCAUCGCAAACACUUGGCAACUGGCGUUUGACAGAUACUACAUUAUAUGUAACAUUGGAACCGUGUCCGAUGUGUGCUGGUGCGAUUGUUCUGUCGCGUAUUCCUAAGGUUGUCUAUGGUGCCUCCGACCCAAAAGCAGGUUCAGCUGGAACACUCUAUAAUAUCGUUCAAGAUGAGCGAUUAAAUCACCAAGUUGAAUUAGUCAGCGGAGUCUGUGCAGAAGAGAGUAGUGCACUGUUGAAAUCAUUUUUUAAGAACCGUCGUUGA